AUGGUCAAGUCACGAAAACGCAAGAGUCAAGCACAGGUUGAAGACCUGCAACCCUCAAAACGACAAGAACUGUCAUCACCUUUGCCGAAUGGUGUCCAUCACUAUCAGAAUCUCGAAGACGUCCCUUGGGAUAUUCAGAAGUACUGGCAUCAGGGUUACUCGAUUUUCUCCAAAUACGACGAUGGUAUUUGGAUGACAGAUGAUGCCUGGUUUGGCGUCACACACGAGUCUGUCGCUAUCAAAAUUGCCAACCACGUUGCUAAGGCGGCGCCACAAGACAGAGCCAUUGUGGUAGAUCCUUUCUGCGGUGUAGGAGGGAACACAAUCGCCUUGGCACUAUCUGGGAGAUGGAAGCGAGUCUACGCCAUUGAGAGAGAUCCAGCUACCCUAGCCUGUGCCAGGCACAAUGCCGACAUCUACGGCGUCGGAGACAAAAUCACCUGGUUUGAGGGUGACUGCUUCGAGAUUCUAGGCUUGAAGCAAGGCAAGGAGAACGACACGCCGUUGGCUACUUUGAUCCAACGCCAUGGCGUAAUUUUUGCCAGUCCUCCGUGGGGAGGCCCCACAUACACGGAUUCAGAUGUCUUCGAUGUUGAGACCAUGGCUCCUUAUAGCCUGACUCACCUGUAUGACAACUUCUCGAGGAUAUCCAACUACGUCGCUUUGUACUUGCCAAGGUCCAGUGACGUACGCCAAAUAGCGAAGAAGGUCAGGAAUUCUGAUCAGACUCAGGUAAUCCACUACUGCACGAGAGGCGCGAGCCGAGCUCUGUGUGUCUAUUAUGGCCAUUGGGGCAGAAUUCCAUGA